AUGAGAGUCGAUAAUCAUAAAUUAGCAGCUAAUACUGGAUAGAUUGAUCUCCAAAAUGCUAGAUAAAACUCCAACUUCAAUUCUCAUUCUGAAAGCAAGUAUCAAUCAGCCUCACAGUACAAUAGCUAGUCAAGCAAGCCAGUGCCAACUAUACAGUUAAGCAGGAUCACCGACAACCAGAUAGAUCAUCUGAAUAAAAAACAGUAAUUUCUAUUUGAAAACGAUAUAAAUCAAAAGUUGUAAGGCAUUAUACUGUCGUCAAGAAUAGAGGGAUCUGGCUAGAAAUUGCAACUAGGCGGAAAUCCUAUUCUAUAGUCACAUAAGUCAUCUAAUUAACCUCAUGAGGAUAUGCUAGACACUGACUAGAAUAACUUGAAUCAGGAGUAACAACCUCCAUAACCUAGAUAAGCCUUCCAUUAAAUGAUGAUGCCCCAUUAAUCUCAUACGCAUCACCAAUCUCUUUCUGAGACUCGAUCUUUAAAAUCUUUCAAGACCUUGCAUGACUAAAGGCUUUAAAGACAGCUGAACCGGAGACACGAGACUAGUAAUCAGGGCUCAAAUGGCAGUUAGUCUAGACAGAGAUCGAACGUGAGAGAAAUGUUCUAAUCAAAGGAAGAAGUUAAGCUCUUUGAAAGUAAAUUCAAGGGCAGCUUGGAGAAACUCGACGAAUUCGAGAAGAAGUGGCAGGACUUCAAAGGCCAUUCGCAGGCCGGACCAAAUUAAUUUCAGCAUCAGUCCUAGUCACAGUCAAAGCUAAUUGUAGAAAGCGAUAUCAGCAUGAGACUUGAGCAGAUCUCGAGACUGAAUUAAAGCCAAGACUUCAGUCUAAUUGGCCUGAAUGAGUCUUAGUAAAGGAUAAACACGAAGCAGAUAUUUGAGCAAAGUAGUUCGACAAUUGGAAGCAUAAGCCAAAAUUAUCAAACCUAAAUCAUUCAAAAAAGAGGCGAGCUGACUAAGGAUCUUAGUGGGAGGAUGAAGUAGGGAGUGGAACUUAAAAACACUCUGGAUUAGAUCAAUGAGAGUCCAAGAGAAUCAAUUCUACAAUCCCCGUCAUCAUAGCAACCAGAAAAAAUCAAGAACUUACAGAUGUAGCAACAACCUUCAGGCAAGCAGACGUUUUAGUCCAAUCACAGAUAGCAAGCUAUAGAUAAAAGUGAUAAAGCCAAGCAAGAAUGCAAAACUCUUAAAAUUGAUUUGAACGAAGAGAGGUCAGCUGCUGAAGCCAGGAAUUUACAGCUAAGGUCAAUCAAUCCAGUUAAGAAUGAAGAAUAACACUAGAACAAUAUAACAUAAUAAAAGAUUGAAAAAAGUGGCCCUAAAACUCCUUCAAAUAACAAUCAAAAGAAGGGAGCUGCAAUUUCUCAAUCUACUACUCAAAUUAUUAGUUUUAAAUCCAAUAGUGAACUAGGCAGAAACAUUCCAAAAGAUAAAUAACUGCCAAAGGAUCCAGUACAGUCUUUAUCUUUAUAAUAAAUUGGGCAAAAAGAUGAUUUAGUUGAGAGAGUCAUAGAGUCUAUAAAGGUUUUGAACAAAAGGGAAGAGGAGGUCAAAACAACUAGUCAAAAGCCAGAAUUAAACAGAACUGGCAACAAGUCAAAGCACCCAGUGGUUACUCAUAGCAGUUAGAAUACUAAUACUCAAUCCGUUACGCAGCCGGACUAGAGCAAUUCAUAGAUUCAGCCCAGCUAAGUCAGACGAAGAACUAAUACACUUACCUCUGGGGAACGCCCUAACCUGAUUGUAAACAAUGUAGGAAACAAAGCGGCACCAUAGCAGUAAGAGUAAAAAUAGACAAUAUUGUAACAGACAUAAGCUAAGGAAAACAGUCAGCCAGUACAUCAAUAAAUUGCUUAGCUUAAGAAAUAAGUUUAGCAAUAGCAGUUAAAAGAGAAGGAAAGAGAAAAGGACAAGGCUGGCACAGUUUCGUAAUAAUAAGAUAAAGAUAAGGGCAAAGAUUAGAGUUUGGGGAAUCUGUCAGGAUUUAUUGGAAAUUCAUUUAUUAAGCAAGCACAAGAAAAGGAAAAAAAUGAAGCUCAGAGUGUCUAGAGAGUUGAAAUAAAGCAUGAAAAGCAAGAUUUAAACAGUUCUAAUGACCCUUACUAAUACAAUCUCCAAUAAAAGGCAUAGUCUAGAGUAAUAACACACUCAAAUUAAGGCAAAAAAGAGACUGGAGGAUUAAGUCAAUCCUCUAAAGAUAAAGUUGAACAAUUAAGGAAAGCUUUCACCUCCAAUAAAGAUGGCUAGGCCUCAAGAUCCACCAAAAACUUACAACUCAUUCAAUAAGCCAAUUAGUAAUCUUCAUAGCAAUCUUAGCAAUUGUAGUAGCAGCAACCUUCAACUUAAUAGCAGUAGCAAUAGACUAAUUAAUAGCUUCCGCCAAGCAAUACUAAGACGACAUCAAAUUUGCAACUGGGACAUAACUUCAAAGCAACUUCAAUAUCCUAAAAUUAAUCGGCAAUCUCAACACCAUUGGCUUCAACUAACCUUAAAUCUCAAAAUGUAGCCAUUAAGUCUGAUAAAACAACCAAAAGAGCUGACAUUAGCUUGGUAAAUGAAAAUAACCCUGCUCAUAAUCUAUCAUUGGGUCAUAAUGGAAGCAGCGGAAGUGGAAACACUCAGUCAAAUUCAAUUUAAAUCGCUUAAGCAGGUACACCAAAUAAACAAUCGAUUACUAAUCUCAAGAAGUCUAACUAAAUUACUCCUUAGAGUAGUAAGGUCAACACUACAAGUCCAUCUUAGACUAAUCUUAAUGUAAUUGUGACAAGUACUUCCAGUAUCAAUAGCAAUCAGAAUUCUUCUUAAAGCCUCUCUAUAAUUAAGAGAAGCAAUUAAACUGCUGUUUCUUAAGUCUAAGGUAUCCAAGCAAAGACCAAGAAUAGAAGACAACCAACUCAGACAUAGGCUGACUAGACUGCCAAUUCGGUUUCCAAAAUAGAAAAAGAAGUUAGAGAUAAAAAACCAAUUAGUACAUAAAAUCCAAAUUCUAAUAAAGAACAAAUGGAGAGAGUUGAGGGUUAAAAGAUAGUAAUUGAAAGUAAGAAACCAAGGACAAUGCUUGAUGACUACUUCCAUGGUUCUCCUCCAGAACUUAGGACUAAUUCUAAUAAUAAUAGUGGAAAGGGAAGUCAAAACAAUUCAAAGCAGAUCGGUCUGUCUAGGCUGAAGAACAGAAGUGAAGCACAUUCAGAGCUUGAAUAGGAUAUUACUGAGUGCGAAAGAGAAUUCCUAGAGAGACCUAAAUAAUUAAACUUCUAGCCAAUCUAGGAACCAUCUAUAAACUGGAACCCCUCCCCUGAGAAAAUGAUGAAGGAAAGAAAACUCUUUCCUGAAAAGAAAGUAGGCAACUUUAUGUAAAUGAAAAAGCUCAAUGAAAGACCUCUACCUACCAAAAAUAAGAACAAUGAAUCUCAAAUAGAAAUUGGAACUGAUGAACUUAAAUCUUCACCUAAAUAGUACUAACAGUAAUAGAACAACAAUAAAGAGUCUUCUUUUAUUCAAAAUGAAUCACAGUCGAAUAUCGAUAGUUACCUUUAUGGAAACAGCAAUACUGAUAGAAGUAAAGCAGUGAAAGAUGAAUACAACCACAUUAAAAACUCUAAUCAAAGCAAUAAUAACAACACUGACUCUGAGUAAUCAGACGACCAGUAAAACAUAAUUGAGAUGAAGCUAAAUGAUCUAUUGGAGGAAACCAGAAGACGUAUGAUAAACUAUGAUAAUGAUUAAGAUUCUUCAUCUGCCUCUGAUGAUUAGUAAAACUAUCAGAGUGAAGGCAAUAGCAAACAGUCAUUCACAGAAUAGCCAUAGUUGCUAAUGAACUAAAGUCAAUAAUAAAAUUGGAAUAGAAAUAAACCUUAUCAAAACAACUAGUAGCAGCCAAAUAGAAUGCCUAAUAAUGAUUUCGCACAACAGUAACAGUAAAAUAAAUAGCAAUAGAACUAGCAGCCAUACUUAUAUGAGCCUAGAGGUCACUAAUAUAGCCCGAUAAUCUAUUAGCAGUAAAACUUGCCAUUUUAACAGUACGGUGGCAUAAUAUAUCCAUCUUAAGGCGGAGAAUAGCCAAUGAUAACAAUCAUAAAUCCAGCAUCUUUGCAAUACCAAUAGUAGUACCAUUCAAGCUAUUUGCCAAAUUAGUAACCCUAUGCAAUGUACAAUCAGCAAAUGACUUAGUUCGGAGUGCCUCCACCCUAGCAAUAAUUCAUGCAUUAACAACCUCCUAAUAUGCACAUACCUCAGUAAUAUCAGACCUAUGCUCAACACUAGAUUCCUAUCAUUCAAAAUCCUUAGCAAUAACUACAGCCACUUCCAAAUGACAACAAAAAUGCUUAGAAAUAGGCUUUGAAUAACUCUUCAAUGAUCAUUGGAGUAGAGUCAUAAUUCUUCUACCCAGGUUAAAACUAGCAAAAUGCAAAUGAAAGCUCAUUAUUGCAAGAAGAUGAGCCUCUUAAAACAGCACCGAAGUAGCACUCAUAGGUCCAAUCUCCUCCAUAAAAUCCAAUAAUUUAUCCUCAUCAGCAAAGUCAGCCAGUAUACAUGAUGGCUUACCCUCCUCACUACCAACAAUAUCAACAGCCUCUUCCAAAUGGUGUAAGGUAGUAAUAGAAUGAUAGCUUUACUGGCAAUCAUAGCAUUUAUAACUCUGCUUUGAGUCAUAGUGAUUCUAACUCACAUAGAGGUAGUCCAAAUACUCAUAGAAACCAAGGAAAUGCUGAGAGUAGAAGCUAGAAUCUACUCGGCUCUGUGGGUUCAAACAACGGUGUAGCUGACCAGGAUUAAUGA